CACCUUCCAUCCAUAGUUAUUAUCACACACACACACACACUCUCUCUCUCUCUCUCUCAAUUAUUGAUCAUAAUAAUGAAGACUCUUCUCCUCUCUCUGUGUUUUCUUUUCUUCUUCGCCAUUUCAGCUGCUCAAGACCAAGAUUUGCGAGUUUUUGAUACCAAUGGAGAUCAGCUGAAGGCCGGAGAGAAGUACUACAUUGUGUCUUCCAUCCGAGGUGCCGGCGGCGGCGGCCUUUUUCUCUCCAACUACAGCGCCGGAGGUUGCGAAAUCACCGUGGUUCAAUCAGGUAACGACCUCUAUAGGGGCAUUCCAUGGAGCUUCCAUCCUCCAAGUCCCGAGCAAGCCUUCAUCUAUGUCUCCCAGUCCCUCAAUGUCAAGGCAGCCAACCCCCCGGCGUCGUGCACCAACGCCACCUCAUGGAGCAUCGGCACACUCGACAGCGCCUCUGGAGGGCUGCUAAUCCAACUCACCGGAACUCGCGGUUUUCCUAGCUGCACGACAUACCAAAACUGGUUCAAGAUCGAGAGGGGCAGAUUUUCGGAUACCUACAAGUUCGUGUUCAACCCUGUUGACAUCUGCUCGCCCGCCACCGAGAAUUUCAAUUUGAGCUUAGCAUUCCCGUCGGGAGCGAGGACUCUUGUGCUGCCCUUCGACAAGAACACCAUCUCCUUCGACUUCGAGUUCUUUAAGGCAGAAGGUAGUAGUAACAAAGCCUAUGUGCAGUAAGGAAUUGAGUGAAGGAAUAAAUUUACAUGGAUCGACCAUGGCUGCUACUGUUGUGCUGUUCUGUCUCUUUGGGUUCUUAUUACGAUAAAUAAAACUUGUUCUUGAGAUGAUUGUUGGGGGAGAGAUAGACAGCAGAUGGUGUGUGUCUUAUGUAUGUCUUGUUGGAGAUUCAUCUAACCAGAAAUAAAUUUCUAGCUACUA